CCUCCAAGAGAAUUAAAGUGUAUUCAAAUAAGGAAAGAUGUCGGAAUUGGUCGGGCAAAAUGUUGGCAAAUGACUACUGUGCAUAAAAAUCAUAACAGAUUUUAAAAAAAUUUGAAAAUUAAAAUAAGUGAAAAGUAAAGGAAAUUCAUCUAAAAUAAACAUAAAAAUGACAAAAGUUUUAAAUAUGUAUCAAUUAAAACCGAUAAUCGAUUCAUCUGUGACAGUUUCUGAACCAAAGUGCAUGUAUAAAAUGAAAAAUAUUCACGAGUCCAUUAACCACGUUCAAACAUCACAAGUUUUGGAUAUUUCCGAUAAGGUUAACAAGUUUUUAAAGACCCAACAAAUAAUAUUACCUGAGAUGGCUGAAUUAGAAGAACGACAAAAGAAAAUACUUGAACAGUUGGAAUUAUUGAAAAAUCAAAUGCAUAAUUUACGAUCGGAAUUAAAAAUAACACCAAAAAAUUGUGAAGCUAAUUUACAAAAUUCUCAAGCUAAUAUCGCACAAGUGAAGUUUCAAAAUACAUCGAAUUUAGAGAAAAUUGCAUUAAAAAUUCAUCCAAAUUAUAUACCAUUUUAUUUGUUAGAUGUACAAAAUUUAUGGAAAGGUUUUAUUGAUGUCAUUUUUGAUGUACACGUGCAUUCAUCAGUGAAAAAUUUGCCAGAAGCUAAUCGAAAUUUUGCGAAACUAUUAACGAAUACUAAUGAAAAUUCAAAUUUACCACAAUUACGUGUUACUAUCAUUUGGAAAGAAGUACAAAAUGUUGCAGAAUUAGUGGUAUCAGCAUUACUUGAACCAAUAAUUGGUGAUACGAAUAUAUUACGAUAUUUAGCACGAAUUGAAAAUUCACAAAAAUUAAUUUAUGAAGAAAAUCAAAAUCAAUUUGAAAUCAAAUCAAUACAUAUUGAUAACGUUUUAGAUAUUUGUUAUCGUUUAAGUCAUCGACAAUGCUCUUCGAAAAGUAAAAGACAAGAGUUACUACAUCUAGUCGAUAAUAAAUUAGGUAAAUCACAAUGGUUAGCUGGUACGGAUUCCUUAUCAAUUGCUGAUAUAGCUUUACAUUCAGUUAUACAACAAUUAAAUUUAUCUAAUUUAUUGAAUGUUAAUCUAUCGAAUUGGUUAAAACGUUAUCAACAACUUAAUAAACGAAAUUAAAAUGUUUUUUUGUUCUGAAAAA